AUGGCGACGGAUCGGGCGCACGACGCCGACGCAGCGCGUGGCACGUCGCCGUACCAGUACCACGUCUUCGUGGCCGAAUUCGACAACGCGAGCCCCGACGGGCGGCUUACGUCGUCCUACAAAGACAGAACUCACGCGCCGAGAAAACGGCCCCAUCACAAGAGCCGCCAGGGCUGCAUCGCGUGCAAGCGGCGCAGGGUCAAGUGUGACAACAGGGCUCCGUGCUCUAGCUGCGUCAAGCGGAACGAGCCAUGCGUCCACCCCAAGGCCUCGUCUGCCAGCGCAAACAGGGAAGCCGCUCCGGCCCAGCCAAAACUCGCCGCCCAGUCGGCGCCCACACCCACGGCCCCGGCAGAUGCGCAUGUAGGUGUAGAUCCAGAUGCGUCAGACACGGCCAUCAACCUGCUGCACAUGGAGCUCUUCCACCACUUCCAGACCAGCACCGCGGCUACCCUGUCCUAUCCCGACAUCUGGCCGCAGACGGUCCAGUGGUCCUUCCAAGAGCCCUACAUCAUGUCGGCCAUCCUGUGUCUGUCGGCAUCCCACCUCGCCGCAUCCCGCCCCCACUCCACCCGCUACUCGCGCAUUGCCCUCCAGCUGCUGACCAAGUCGGCCGCCCUGCUGGGCGAGAAGCUGUCGGGCCCGGUCGACGCACAGAACGUGGAGAAGCUCAUGGGUGCUUCCCUCCUGAUGCAGUACAUAGCCUGGAGCCACGUCGGGUUCCUCGACGCCGGGCAGCAGUCUGCCGCAGGCCAUGGCGUCCCACUCACACCUGGUGCCGGGUCCUCGGGCCUGGAUAUCUCCCAGGACCCACUCUUCCGCCUGAGCUCGGGCAUCAAGGACCUCUUUUUCGAGUCCUUCCCGGCGCUCUGGGGCAACGACAAGGACAGCGCCUUCCUGUCCACCAGUCUCUACAGCCCGCGCCUCGCCAUAGAGCAGACCCUCGCCCAGCAUGGCAUAGACCCGGGGGCUCACGUAGCCUAUUUCAUGGGCGUCUGGGAUGACCCGCGCUUACCACCUACUCGUACCACCCCGGGGCCGGGCCAGGACGCGCAGCAGCCGCCCGCGCUAUCCGUGUCGUCGUCGCUCGCCCGCUUCGAACAGUUCCUCAGCGGCCCGGCGCCCUGCUGCGACUGUGUCAAGCUCCAGCUGUCGUCAACCGUCGCCUUCUUCAAGCGACUCACGUGCCACCGCGCCCCCGGCGAUACGCCGUCGCCGUCGCCGUCGCCACCAGAGCGACAUGGCGACGACACGGCACCCGUCAUCCGCUGUCCCCACACAGUCCAGCCGGAAACCCUCGCGGCACUCACGCUCCCGCCGCUGCAGCUGGGCGCGUCAGACUUUGAGCGCGUGGCCUUUCGGUGCGUGGCGCGCGGCGUUUCCAUCGUGCUCUGCCUGGCCGCGCUGGUGUCCCCGUCGUCCUUUGCGCGCAUCUGUCCGGGAAAUGCUGCUGCGCCUGCGCCGGAGUGGGCGGCGGCCGUCGUCGCGCAGCUGCAGCCCGACAUCGAGCGCUACAUAUUCGUGCUGCCCGUCAUCUGUGCCAACGGCUCGUUCCGCGACCUUGCAUUCCAGGGCGACGUCCGCGCGCUCGUCGUGCUGCUGUACUUUUACCGCGCCGCCAGGGUCCUGCUGGCCGGCCCGCACAGCUGGUGGGCGUGCGACAGAAGCCGUGUCAUGGAGGGCUUGAUCGCGCGGGAGCUGCAGGCAAAGGGGUGGGACGUGGGUUAG